CGCACAUGCUUUUCUAUUGUGAAAGCAACACACUCCAACACAUGCGAACAAUAACAAAACAUUCAAAUCGCAUUUGGUGAAACUAUUUUUUUUAAAUAUCGGACAAAAGUAACACAAAUUCAGAAUGACAUCCUUCAAGAGAUUGAAUACCGAAAAGUAUUUAAAAGCGGCUCGAAUUCAAACCGAAGACACACUUUAUUGGAAGAAAUUAUCGGUGCCAACAUUGGUGAAAGAGUUCGGUGCAAUUGAUUACAUUGAUUUUUCGCCCGCUGAUCCAUACAAUUUUGCGGUUUCAUGUUCGGUGCGAGUGCAAAUCUACAAUCCACUCACCAAAUUAGUUGUACAAAAUAUAUCGGCGUUUGAGAAGAAUGCGUACGGUGCAACAUUCCGAAAAGAUGGUCGUCUAUUGGUGGCUGGCGAAGAGAAUGGAACUGUUCGACUUUUUGAAAGUUCAUCAAAAAAUCCAUUGCGUAUUUUCCGUGGACAUACGGCUGCUGUGCAUCGUGUUUCAUUCACCGCCGAUAACACGCAAAUAGUCAGUUUUUCAGAUGAUCGAACGUGUAGAUUGUGGGAUAUUGCCACGGAAAAAGUGAUUCAAAGUUAUGAAGAGCAUCGUGAUUAUAUUCGUGCCGGUUGUGCUAGUCCAAUUUCACCGAAUAUUUUCGUUUCGGGCGGCUACGAUAAGGUGGUAAAAAUGUUUGACAUUCGAGUUGGAGGUUUGAAUGAAAAGAGCGUCAUAUUUGAAGUGAAUCAUGAUCGGCCGGUUGAAGCUUUGAUGUGGCUACCAACGGGUGGAAUAUUCUUGAGUGCUGGCGGCACAUCAAUCAAAGUGUGGGAUGCAUUUGCAUCUGGCAAACAAAUCGCACAGAUUUCAGAACAUCAUAAAACAAUCACAUGUCUACGAAUGGCCAGCAAUGGACGGAGAUUUAUGUCAUCGGGUCUUGAUCGUCAUGUUAAAGUAUAUGAUAUUGCAAAUUAUCAAUCGGUUCAUUCGUUUGAUUUUCCAAAUGCGGUACUAAGUUUGGGCGUUUGUCCCAAUGACGAAGCACUGGUUGCCGGUAUGGUUGAUGGAUUAAUAUCAAUCCAACGAAUGGAAAAUGACACAGACACAGCACUGAAAGUACCAAAAAGCCGAAAAGUUAUACCAAUCAAUGAGACACAAGUCGAUGAGGUUGUUGAGGAUUAUGAUCGAACGAUCGGAGCCAAAUACGACAAAUUCCUGAGAAAAUAUGAUUAUACAGCCGCUUUGAAUGUGGUUCUAGUUCCUUAUGUGAUGAAUAAAAAUCCACAUAUUACCGUCACUUUAAUGCAGGAAUUGAUUCGACGGAAAGGCUUGGAAAGAGCACUCGCCGGCCGAAGUAAUGACUCAUUAGCAAAAAUUAUUCUCUUCAUUAUUCGAUACAUCGGAGAUCAUAGAUUCUCGAGAGUGUUAAUUGAUGCGGCCAAUAUACUGUUGAAUGUUUAUGAAGAUCAAUUCAAAGAAUUUACGGGUCCGGUUGGACGUAGUUUCAUCAAUUUGGCCAAGGCAUUGCAUCGUGAAGAAAAAGUAACGAGAGACUUUUUACAAGUACAAGGAGCAUUAGAGCUAGUUAUGUCCGGCGCAAGUAUUUCAGAACGAGGAACAACAAAUAUUGCUCCGCUUGAUAUCAGCAGAAUACAGAAAAAAUCCGAUCUUGUACCAUCCGAAACAGCAAAAAAACAGUUAAUUAUUGAUGUUAAUUGAUAGAAUUUAUCCAAAAUACGAAGUAAUAAAUGAAAAACCUUUUUUAAAACUA